UUACCGAUACAAUAUAAGAAGAGACGCAAGCAAUUAACCUCGUUGAAUGGGAAGGUCACACUGUCGACCAUAGAAUACGAGUGGUUGGCGAAGGUCGAAAUAGGAACUCCUGGACAAACACUGAAUCUCCUGGCUGACUCGGGAUCACCGGAAACCUGGAUCACCACACCGUCCUGUGAAAAAUGUGUGAGCGAAAACUGCUUCGAUCCAGUCGAGUCAUCCACCUUCGUUUACAACGGGUCCGAAUUUAGUAUGACAUACAUUGGAGGAGGUGGUCCCGAGGGUUAUUUUGCCUCGGAUGUAAUAAACCUUGGCGGGAUUGUCUUGGUGAAUCAGAGCAUGGGAUUCAUCACUUAUAGUGAUAUUAUGAUAGAUGCGGAUGGGUUACUGGCUCUCGGACUUAGCGCAUUGAUUAAAGAUUUGCAGACCGAUGUGGGAGGGGAAAUAACUUUUGGCGCAAUUGAUUAUUCGAAAAUUGACGGGGAAAUAACAUACUCCUUUCUGACGGAAGAUGAACAUUGGCAGAUCACGGUGACCAAUGUCUACUUUAACGACCUGCCCCUCAACCUAAACAAAUCCAUCACAUUUCCGGUGGCCUUUGAUACCGGAUCUCAACAGAUCAUGAUGGAUGGCAAUCUCGCCGAAUCCAUA